GCACCAAGGUAGUGUACACAAAGAAAGGAGCUUUCUUUAGCUUCUCUCUCAGCUCUCACCAGUCACCACUCCAAUCCAAGAGAUCCCUCCCAGCUCCAUUCCAUUCUCCCUACUACCAACAACAACUUCCAAGCUCUGGCUGGCUCUGGGCUGGCUGUGCCCUCCUGUCAGUCCUAGCUCCAGCUGCAAUCCUCCUCCUUGUUCAUCCACCACCACCACCACCCACAUGAUUGCAUUUGUGCAGAUUCCUGGAGGAGGAGAAUUCAGCUGCCCUCUCAUACCGAUCUGACACACGCACACAGGCACCCUUCUUUGUUGUGGUUGCCGCACGAUCCGAAAGAGAUUAUCUUCUCUUUCCUUUCGCAGGAAGAUUUGGUGAUUCUUGCUCUAAGCGUCGCGUCGUGCCGUCUCGUCCAUCUCUAGGAAUUUGGGGCCAUGGGGAAGAAGGGGAAGUGGUUUGGAGCUGUCAAGAAGGUGUUCAGCCCAGAAUCCAAGGAGAAGAAGGAGGAGAGGCUGAGGAGGAAAUUAGCAGCUAGCAACCCAAACCCACCAGAUCUAACCCCUUCUGCUUCUCUGGAAGUCAAUGUUUCGGUGCCACCCCCUCCAGCUCCUGCACCUGUUCAACAGACUGAAGAGGUUAAGGUCCAUGAAGUUGAGCAGGAGCAAAGCAAGCAUGUUACUGUGGAGGCAGUUCCUGAUACUGUCCCUCCCCCUGUCCCCAUCCCCGCACAGACAUCGGCAUUGCCGUUGGGUGUAUCAAGGGAAGAGCAAGCUGCAAUCAAGAUCCAGACUGCCUUCCGAGGUUACCUGGCAAGAAGGGCAUUACGAGCUCUGAGGGGACUUGUCAGAUUGAAGUCACUGGUUGAAGGUAACUCGGUUAAGCGUCAAGCUGCAAGCACUCUGCGCUGCAUGCAGACUCUAGCACGGGUGCAGUCACAGAUACGAUCAAGGAGGCUGAAGAUGUCUGAAGAGAAUCAGGCCCUCCAGCGGCAGCUCCUACUGAAACAGGAACUGGAGAGUUUGAGGAUGGGGGAGCAGUGGGAUGACAGCACUCAGUCCAAGGAGCAAAUCGAGGCAAGUCUUAUAAGCAGGCAAGAGGCUGCAGUAAGAAGAGAGAGGGCGCUGGCGUAUGCAUUUUCGCAUCAGUGGAAGAGCACUUCAAGGUCUGUGAACCCAAUGUUUGUAGACCCUAACAACCCACAGUGGGGCUGGAGCUGGUUGGAACGCUGGAUGGCAGCGAAGCCCUGGGAGGGCCGUGCCGGGACCGACAAGGAGAGCAACAUUGACCGCGCAUCGGUGAAGAGUGCAAGCCUGAACCUUGGAGAGGGUGAGAUCACAAAAGCAUUCAACCGAAGGGGAUCCAAGCCGGACAAGUCAUCACCGACGACUCCAAAGCUGGCCCGUCCGGCCUCCCGCCAAUCCCCAUCAACUCCGACAGCAAAGGUGUCACCCAUCCUUGCGAAGAAGAAGCCCGCGACACCGAAGAACGGGCUCUCGCACGUCGAUGACGACGCGAGGAGCGUGUUCAGCGUCCAGUCUGAGCGACCGAGGAGGCACAGCAUAGCCACCUCGACGGUGCGCGACGACGAGAGCCUCGCGAGCUCCCCGUCUGUGCCAAGCUACAUGGCUCCCACGAAAUCUGCAAGAGCUAAGCUGCGGCUCCAGGGAUCAGUGGUUACUGAUGGUGCAGAGACACCGGAGAAAGGCGGAGGAGGAGGAGGAGGCUCUGUUGGUUCAGUGAAGAAGAAGCUGUCCUUCCAAGCUGGAAUGGUGCCGCCGUCUCCGAUGAGGCGGCAUUCUGGACCUCCCAAGGUGGAGGGUGUGGUGAAGGACAUUGCUGAACCUCCACAGCCAGAGGCCCUGGUGAUCAAUGGUGGAAGCAAGUGACUCACAUGGCAGCAGGUACCAUGAUGGGCAAUGGAUUCUGCAGAUAUAUUUCAUCCAGUGAAGCAAAGGUUAAGAUUAUAUGUCAGCUGUAUGAGUUGUCGGCAUUGUUUUUCCCAAGUUAUAACCACAUUAUUUGCUUAGCAGAUUCGUGAGUUACCCUGCCAGUCCAUUCCAUUUGUUGUUUCUGUAAAACUAUAUCGAUUUGUCACUUGAAACCUUUGGUGUUUGUAUGUAAACAAGUCUUCUGUUUAUGCGAGCCACAUGUUUCUUUUUGU